AUGACCAAUGAUUUAUAUUCAGUCGACUUCCUGUCAUUAGACGUUCGUUCCAAAGAUCUACACGAAAAAAUUUCUAAAAGGCUUAAAGUUGAAUAUCUUACAGAUUCCUAUCAUCAAGAAUUGAAAGUAGUGAGUGGAAUCAUAUUUGGACCUGAUCUCAAAAUCAUUGUCUCUUUGCCCGUCAAAAUAAAACAAAAAACAAAGAAUGUACAUUUCGUGGUAGACACGGGAUCACCAAAAACGUUUGUCUGUGAGGAAGUAUACGAAUCCUUUAAAGUUACAAUACCCGACUCAACCGUCCAUCAUAUAUUAUUAAACAAUAAACCUACUGUGGUUUACUUGCCUCCAAUUAAUUCAAACUUCAUGGAUAUUAACGUUCUUGGAACUGAAUAUCUGAAAGCUGUGGGUGCAAAUUUAACUGUGAAUUUCGACAACGAAUACGUUUCUAUAUCCUUUGAAUAUGAUGAAAUACGAAUUCUUCCUCAAUUAGGACAAAUGGUGGAAUCUAAUAUUUCAGUCGGAAUAAUUGGAGUGGGAUUACUUACU